GCUCCGGGCUCGGUCGGGCACCGGGAAGAGGAACUGGGCUUUGCACUGCCGGGUCGGGGCGAACGCACCGCCGAGCACCGGGUCCCGCCGCCGCUUGCUCCGCUGCAAGGAGGGAUGGGGCGGGGAGGAGGCGAGCACCGGUCUUUGCAUCCACCCCUUGCAGCCCCUCUGCUCCCCGUUGCAUCCCUCUUGUAUCCCCCCGCUCCUCCCUUCUGCUGCAAGGGGCCGUGCUUGAAAUAAAGCCCCCCCCUGCCCCCUGCCCGGAGACCCCCCUAAUCCCUUGCUUGAGCCCCUCCAUCCAUCAUGAUUUUGCUGAGCAGCUUCUUGCACCUCCGGCCUCGGCGCUGCGGCCCCUUCGCAGGGCUGGGCAGGGGUCCCAGCCCUGCAGUGGGGUCCCGCAGGGCUCUGCGGGUGCUGGUGGACAUGGAUGGGGUGCUGGCUGACUUCGAAGGAGGCUUCCUCAAGAAGUUCAGAGCCAGGUAUCCCGACAAGCCCUACAUUGCCCUGGAGGACCGGAGGGGCUUCUGGGUGUCGGAGCAAUACGGGCGCCUGGGACCUGAGCUGAGUGAGAAAGCCAUCAGCAUCUGGGAAUCCAAGAACUUCUUCAUCGAGCUGGACCCGCUCCCUGGGGCUGUGGAAGCUGUGAAGCAAAUGGCAAACUUGGCAGACACCGAUGUGUUCAUCUGCACAAGCCCCAUCAAGAAGUACCGCUACUGCCCUUACGAGAAGUACGCCUGGGUGGAGAAGCACUUCGGCCCCGAGUUUCUGGAGCAGAUCGUUUUGACACGAGAUAAGACAGUGGUUUCUGCUGACCUGCUUAUAGAUGACAGACCUGACAUAACAGGGGCCGAGCUGAACCCGAGCUGGGAGCACGUGCUCUUCACAGCCUGCCACAACAAGCACCUGCAGCUGAAGCCCCCCAGCCGCAGGCUGCAGUCCUGGACCGAUGACUGGAAGGCCAUUCUGGACAGCAAACGCCUGCCACCCAGCCAGGCCACCUAAACACCAGCCUCCUGCAGCCACACGGUGCUGCAGCCACUCCUUGUGGAGUCCUGCUGAAGGGUGAAACCAUGGAUGGACAGACAGACAGACACUGUUCCUGCUGCAGAGAGGAAGAAGAGGAUGAGCUGAAGCACCAUGGCCACCCGGAUGCGGAGAGCAGGCCCCAGCCCAGCAGUGCUGCAACAGCAGGAUUGCCCCUUGGACCCAGCAGGAGCAUAUCCCACUGGUUCUUGGGGUCCGUGUGCUGCAUCUGCACCCUCUGCGAGGCCAGCCUGGUGUUUCUGAUGGACAAGGUCAUCCUCAGUGUGUCUGGCAUGGCACAGACCAGCUCUCCAUCCUCCUCUCUGUGUUACAGUCAGGGAUCACACGGGUGGUUUGCUUUGUCCUUACAGGGCUUCAUACCUGGAUUUUGGGAGAUGAGUGGCUGGAAGGGCAGGGGGAGCAGGCGGACACUGCCCAGGCUCCCUGCGCCAGCUCAGAUGUGCUGUUCCUUGCAGCUGAUGCAACAGGACAACUAUGUGCUUCCCUGCAGGAAGAGUCCCUGCAGUGUGAUAUGGGGACAGUACCACUCCUCCGUGGAUCUGGCCAUUGGGAGAGAGCCCUGAAGCAUCUUCCAGUUGGUGGGAGGGAUCCCUGCUUGCCCUCAUCCCUGAGGGGCUGCUGCAGCUUUAGAGCUGGGGCUUUAAAGCUGAUUUAGGAUGAAGAGAGGGUCUCUUCUCCCAGUGCUCAUCGCUUGUGGGACACUCGCCCAGGGAAUCUUUAGGACAGUGAGCAGGCAGCAGCAGUGCCAGCACCAGCCCUUCCUGGGAGCUGGGCAGCUCAUGGCUCACCCUGACAGACAUUGAUCCAAUGGUAGCUCCAUGGAUUUCAAAGCCAGGAAGUUCUGCACAUGCCAGCUGCACGCUCACAUCACCCCAUCUCCCUCCUCCUGGCGGUGUCUGACAUCAGGAAAGCUGAAUGUGCAUUCACCAGGCACACUGCUUCCGUGCAGAAUGCCCUGGGUGCUGCAUCCCACCAUGGUCAGGCACUCGGACGUUAAUGCCACAGAGCAUCCUAAAGCCUUCAGUGCAGAGCCACUGGGAAGAUGCUGCUGGGUGAAGCAGGGCUGGUGGAGGAGCUACAGCAUCACUGAGAAGCGAGAGGCACCACGGGUGUCCAAAGGGCAGGUUAAGGGUUGCGUUGGUGAGGAUUGUCACGGCCGCAUCCAUGGAUGCUGUUUCCAGUCCUUACCUAUCACAAAGGAAGAAGUUGGGGGGACAGUGCUGCUAAAGGCUGGGAGCCCAUCAGAGGUGCCCAUGAAGCUGCAGCAUGUACAGUGUGUGUGCCAGGCACACAGCCAGGGGAGCUGCAGCUGGGUGCCAAAAAGGGACUGUUUGGACCAAGGGGCAGCUCCAAGAAGGAUGCUUUUUGCACAGCAGUGCCCACAGCUUCUUCCUCCCCUGCCUGGCUCAUUCCUGCCUCCCUGAGUCAGCACCAAUCCAGCCUUGAACUGCAGUGACUUAUAGGGCAGAGCACAGCCCAGCUUUCCCAAGUGGGAGCCAGUGCCCCAUCAAUGCCCCAGGGAUGCACCAGCUGCAUCAUGACUCGUGUGCAUUACUGCUGACACUGCAGAUUUGGGAUCCCACCAUGUGCUCCCGCUCUCCUCAUCCAAGGACUUGCUGGCUGCAGGAGUGAAAUUCCCCACUGGGACACGUAGCCCCAUGGGCAGGGGCAGUAGCUGGGGCUUGGCUGGGGUUAGCCACCCCAUGCUGCUUGCUCAUGCCUUUGUCUUGCCUCUCCUCUCUUCUGUAGCCCCCAUCAGCAAAAAAACUGUGUGAGCUUAAAGCUGCAUAGCCAACAAAUACCUGUUUCAACAGCAGCAGCCAGCCCCCCAUCACAUCCAGGACCUGAGGGGCUACUGAAGUUGGUGCUGUUGAACCUGUGCCUUCCCUGGCUGCUGCUGCAGGGCCAGGGAUGAAGCCUGCAUCAUCUUGGGUCUUUCUGCUGCCCCAUAUCUUGGGAUGGGGCAAGUGUGUGAAGACAGCACAGUUGGCCCAUAGUGAUGGGUUACAUGCCAUAAGGAUCAUCUUCUUUCUUUCUUUCUUCUUUCUUUCUUUCUUUCUUCUUUCUUCUUUCUUUCUUUCUUUUCUUUCUUUCUCUCUCUCUUUCUUUCUUUCUCUCUUUCUCUCUUUCUCUUUCUUUCUUUCUCUUUCUUUCUUUCUCUUUCUUUCUUUCUUUUCUUUCUUUCUUUCUUUCUUCCUUCCUUCCUUCCUUUCUUCCUUCCUUCCUUUUUUUAAACCACUGUGUGUUUCUCUGGAUGGUGGGUUUGGUUUGGGGGGGGGGGGUGUUUGCAAUGUGCUGCCCCAAAAGCAACCAUCUUCCCCCAUAGCUGGGGCAGACCCAAGGGAUGCAGGUCCAGGGCCAGCCAGUAUCUUCCCUUUGGUUGCACGUGUGAUGCGUUCAUGCCAAAUAUACUUGAAAGCAGAGCUGGGGGUUCUCAUCCAUGAGGCUCCGACUCAAUGCACAGAAACCCCAAGCAGGUAGAUGGCCUGUUCACUGCUGCCAAGUUCAGGACUGGGAGGUGGCUCUCCACUUCCCAAAGGAUCAGCCCUUUCAACAUCCAAGCCCUUCUGUGGCCAGCCAAGAUGCCCAGAGCUUUUGGUUUUAAAUGCAUAUCUAUAAAACUGAGGACGAUGAAGAGCACUGCAAUAAACACGGGUUUAUCAGCAUCCAGCUCCCUAGAAAUGGAGUUUUGGUUUUGCAGUUUCUCUGCCUUCUGCAUGAGAAUGGGGGAGUGUAUGUUUGCCUCCAGGCCUCCUUAUCUAAAAAGCCUGGAACCAGCCCUGCUGUGCUAUUACCCCGUUAGACAGAGUCCCUGUUGGCAGAACUAAGCCCAAGGGGUGGUUUUAGGUAGCGAUCAGCUUCCUAAAGAUGUUUUCUAAUAAAUAAAGCUGUAAAGUGUG